AUAUGUCUGUCUUUGUUUUUCCUUCAAUUUAGACAAAGAUAGACAUAUGAUUUAACUAUCAGUUAAUUUAUCAAGAAAUUAGAACAAUCGGCUCUUAAUCCAUAGUUUGAUACAAGCCGUGACACCUGUUUAAUAUGGACUUUUUACACUAGUGCAGAAAGUUCAUAUAAAAAGAAUAAAUCGUCUACUUGUUAUCGCGAAAGCAACGCAAACGUAAACAAUAUGGCCGAUGUACGAAGUACGUCGGUACAAGAAAACGGCACAGCUUAAUAAAUCAAUAUUUAAGCUAUGUGCCGUAAUACUAUAUAGAUAUGUUAUUUAAAUGCGCGAAUUGACCAAUUUUCCUUUCAGAACCAAGUUUCUUUCAUCGCAAUGUCGUCUGAAAAGGUCCUUUAUCGACUAGAGCAGCCUCAUGGUUCUGGCAAUAUUUAUAUUGCUUGGCGUCCUGGAAAUAGCACGCACCUAGCUACUACAGGUUGUGAUUUAACAGUUGCCAUUUUUGAUAGACAAGGUGAUAUCCAAGAACGAAUAUCAAUCCCUGGAUUAUGUACUGGCUUUGGUUGGGACUCAGAUGGAGAUUUGUUGGCGGUAAUAGCGCAAAAUUCGUCAUCUAUAAUUUUAUGGGAUGCAACAACUGGAAAGAGGUCCCAGAUAGAUGCAGGUGUAAGAGAUGGAUUGAGCUGUAUGAUGUGGGCGAAGAAGACUUGUCUAUUAGCAGUAGGCACACAAAAGGGGAAUUUGGUACUUUACGAUCACAUAAAUGCAAAACGAAUACCUAUUUUGGGAAAGCAUAAAAAACGUAUUGUAUGUGGUGCAUGGUCAGCAGAUGGUCUUCUUGCUUUGGCAAGUGAAGAUAAAGUUCUAACCAUCAGCACAACUGAAGGGGAUACGCGUCGUGAAAUAACUCUCCAAGGUGAUCCGUCUCAUAUACAAUUUAGUGAAAUGAAAAUGGACCAUAGGAUAGGUGGUGAAAAUACGGUAUCCCUCAUUGUUAGCAAGACAACGUUAUUCUUGUACAAUAUUUUGGACCCAGAGAAUCCUAUUGAACUGGCUUUUCAGAAACGUUAUGGCUCUAUCGUAACUUAUAAAUGGUAUGGAGAUGGUUACAUAUUAGUAGGCUUCGAAGCUGGAUUCUUUAUAGCCAUAUCGACGCAUAUCAAAGAAGUGGGCCAGGAGUUGUUUCAAGUGAAGAAUCACAGAGACUCUCUGACUGAUAUCGCGUUGAGCAAGGCGGUAGGAAAGGUAGCCACUUGCGGCGAUAACACGAUCAAAGUACACAGCUUGCAGAAUCUAGAGGAGACUGAGACGCUAAUCUCAGUAACCAGCGAAAGUGGAGUCAGCAAUAUCGAUUGGUCAACGGACGGAACGAUGCUGGCGGUGGUCACUUAUAUCGGCAAUAUUUUGAUCUACUUGAUAGAGAUUCCGAAGUUGACUAGCGUUUGCGGCAACCGAAUAGCAUUGUUAACGAGUCUGAUGGAAGUGGCUGUACAUCUUUACACAUUAGACAAGGAAUCACUCUUUCAGGAUAAACCUAGUCCACAAAUAAUCAACACCAUAAUAGAACCGUCGAUAUUAGCAGUGGGUCCAAUGCACGUGGCGGUAGGAUUGAACAAUAGAGCACUCUUCUGGGACUUGUCUAUAAGUCAUUACGACAAGAUACAUUUUGAGAGAGACUAUUUGGCUACGAUAGAUAGCAUGCGUUUGAACGAAACAUACGUGUCGGCGCUAUUCGACGGGAAACUACAGUUACAUACGAUUAAAUCGGAUCAGACGCUAAUAAAUGAUGGUAAAGAUACCAAAAUGUUUCCGGAUUUGAGCUCUACUCACAGUAGAGUAACGUGUCAUGCUCUUUGCUCGGAUUUCUUGGUUUACGGUAAUGACAUGGGUCAUAUUGUCUACUUUUAUCUGGAGACAUUCAAUCAGUGUACCGAAUUUAUGCACAACAACGGCAUAAAGGAAUUAUAUUUGGAUGCGAACGGAACGCAGCUGUGUUUUAUCGACAAUAAAUCGGACGUUUAUAUAUUCGAUCCGAUAAACGAAGCAGCCAUUGCAGUACCUGACUGUCCUGAUAACAUCGAUGGUAUUCUUUGGGAUCAGAACAUAUUCGAACGUGCUAUAUUUGCGAUAUACAAUAAAAGCAGUAUUGUGACAUACAUUUUUGUUAAGUAUUUUGUCGAAGGUACCAAAGUGAUACAGAUAAACACAACCAAGUUGCCAUCGGAAUCGGUGCCUUUAUUGAUGUACUCGGGGGAAGUAACGUUAAGUACGAUGGGUAGCAAGUUAAUACAAAUAACAUUAACUUCUCACGAAGAAGUAGGAAAUAUCGUGGAAUCCAAAAAGAUCAACGAGAUUUUGAACAAUCAGAUUCUGUGCAGACGCUUUCAACAGGCAUGGAACACUUGUGAAAAAUUAAAUGAGAAAGAUACCUGGCUAAAACUGGGACGAAGCGCUAUUGCGAAUUUGAAUAUUGAAUUCGCUAUUCGUGUAUAUCGACAAAUAGAAGAUGCUUCAAUGGUGUGGACGUUGCAACAUAUGGAAAAUGUAGACGAACUAGCACUGCUGUGUGGUCACGCUUGUAUAUUACUGGGAGAUUAUAAUGAAGCUGAAAAGUAUUUCCUACAAUCUUCUGAGCCCGUACAGGGCUUGUACUUGAGAAGAGACUUGAUGCAAUGGGAGCAAGCAUUAAGUCUGGCGCAAAAAUUGAAGCCUGAUGAAAUUCCUUUUAUCGCCAGAGAAUAUGCCCAACAAUUAGAAUUCACCGGAAAUUACCCAAAAGCUUUAACAAAUUAUGAACGCGGUCUGGUUGACUAUAACACUUCGUCCACUUUGGUGGCGCAAAAUCCCCAUCAUCGGAAUCAAUGUCUAGCGGGGAUAGCGAGGAUGUCUAUAAGAUGCGGUGAUAGCAGAAAAGGUGUCGGAAUAGCGAUGGAUCACGAGAGCUCGAGACUGUUACGAAAGGAGUGCGCCGAGAUUCUAGAAUCGAUGAAGCAAUUUAGCGAAGCCGCGCUGUUGUAUGAAAGAGCUGAAUAUUUUGACAAAGCCGCUUCCGCGUAUAUAAAAUUGAAGAACUGGCAUAAAGUGGGUCAGCUUUUGCCGCAAAUAUCAUCGGCAAAAAUUAACAUACAAUAUGCCAAGGCCAAAGAGUCUGAAGGAAAGUACGACGAAGCUGCGAAAGCAUAUGAAACUGCUAAGGAUUAUGAUAAUAUAAUCAGAAUCAAUCUGGAACACUUAAAUAAUCCUGCUCGUAGCGUCGAAGUUGUUCAGCAAACGAAAAGUAUAGAAGGUGCGAAAAUGGUUGCGAAAUAUUUCCAAAGGAUGAACGAUUACAAUGCAGCUAUUAAAUUCUUAAUUCUGUCUAACUGUCACGACGAAGCCUUUCAAUUGGCUAAUCAACAUGGCAAGAUGGAAUUGUACGGAGAGAUCUUGGUGAAUACGAUCGAAGAUACCAAUGUUCGUAAGGAAGAUUUUAAAAGUCUCGCGAUGCACUUCGAGUCUCAGAAGAAUAAUCUUUUAGCUGGAAAAUAUUAUUUCCACGCCAAAGAAUAUCAGAAAGCUCUGCGACAUCUACUAAAAGCCGCUCAACUGGUGCCGGACGACGAUAGAGCGAUUACUUAUGCCAUAGACGCUGUCGCAUCUUCUAAAGACGACAAAUUAGCUAAUCAAUUAAUAGACUUUUUGUUGGGCGGGGAUGGAUUGCCAAAAGAUCCGAAGUAUCUUUUCCGCUUGUACAUGGCUAAGAAACAGUAUAAAGAAGCAGCUAAAACGGCGAUCAUCAUCGCGAAUGAAGAACAAAUUAAUGGAAAUUAUAGAAACGCUCACGACGUCCUGUUUGGAAUGUAUCAAGAGCUGAAGAGAAAUAAAAUUACUAUACCAUUAGAAAUGCAAACUAAUCUAAGACUCUUGCAUUCUUAUAUUCUAGUAAGGUUACACGUGAAGAGAAGUGACCACUUGCGAGGUGCCCGGAUGCUAAUACGAGUAGCAAACAACAUAUCAAAGUUCCCAUCACAUAUCGUACCAAUAUUAACUUCGACUGUAAUAGAAUGCCAUAGGGCGGGUUUGAAAAGCGCGGCUUUCAAUUUUGCUGCUAUGUUAAUGCGCCCCGAGUAUCGAGGACAAGUCGACGCGAAAUAUAGCAAGAAGAUUGAAGCGAUCGUGAGGAAACCACCACGAGCGAAAGAUGUCGAGAACGAAGAUGAACCUCUCACUCCAUGCCCAUACUGUAAGAGCAGAGUUCCUGAGACUGAAGUAACCUGUGAUAAAUGCAAGAAUACCAUACCUUUCUGUAUUGCGACGGGACGACAUGUCGUAGAGGAUGACUUUACAGCGUGUCCUCAAUGUGAUUUUCCUGCCAUUAGAAGUGAAUUUCUAAGAAUCGUUGAAUCUGAAGAAACUUGUCCAAUGUGCUCAGAGAGAGUUGGGUCAGAGGCUGUAUCAUCCAUUACUGAUAUCCAUCCAUAUCUUGACUUUCAAGAAGAUAAGACCAUCAUAAAGGCAUAAUUUUUACAUAUUAGACAUAGAGAGAGUACAUAUACAAGUACAUAUAUUAAUGUACAAAAAAUGAAUUUAUAGUUUAACUUACACAAACUAGGAAACAAUUAGCUAUAUAGAUAUCCAUAUCUUUAUUGCACAUAUCAAAUGUGCCUUCUUUAAUUGUGUGCCUUAGGUAAGUGAAUAUGAUAUACACACGCACACGAUCAAAGGAUAAUAUUUCGUACAGUAAUUCAAAGUAGUGUAAAGUAAUUUGAAGUAGUAACAAGUUGCGUUCAGCGAAAAAAAAAACAAUCAGUGAGCAGUCAGUGAUUAUUGAUCUUUACUGUUAAAUCUAAACCAAUUAUGUUGACGAAUUACUCAAUGUAAUGUUCGCUGAACGCACCUGUAGUAUGUAGAAUGUUUCGAUCGAUUCGUAAAUGAAUGCGACUCGUAUGAAGCGACAGUAUUCUCAAUGCAAACGGUGCCGUCCAUUAUGAGUACAAUUUAUUAGAGUACAAGAUGACUAGAGGUAUAUAUAAUCUUAUUUUAUAUAUAUA